UACAAUUUUUAAAUUUUAAGUAAUAUUGAUAUUAAGUAUUUAAUUUAGCAUUUUCAAGAUUUAUCAGUAGUACCUAUUUUUUUUAUUUUUUUUAAGAUUUGGUACUCCUUCGGAAAGCCAAGUUAGUGCAUUCCAUGAAGCUAUUGUUAAAAUGGUAGCUGAAGAUCUUCAGCCCCUUUCCAUAGUUGAAAACUCAGGAUUUCGUAACAUGAUACAGCUCUUGGACUCCAGAUAUGAAAUCCCUAGUAGGAGAACACUUGGAAGGACCAUAAUUCCAAGAAUAUUUUCAACUGUCGAAAAUAAAGUUAAAACUUUGUUAAACCAGGCUAAACAUGUAGCGAUCACAACAGAUAUUUGGACGUCAAUGAACACUGAUUCUUAUAUUACUAUGACCGUUCACUUUCUUUUUCAAACUCAAUUGAAAACCUUAGUGUUGUGCACCAAAAAAUUGGAAUCCAGCCAUACUAGUGUAAAUCUAAGUGAAAUAAUGACUGAGGAAUUAAACAGAUGGGACAUAUUUGAAAAAGUUGUUGCAGUGGUCACUGAUGGUGGAUCCAAUAUAAAAGGUGCAGUCAGGCUCAUGGAUCUAUCGCAUUUGCCAUGUAUUGCACACAAACUUAAUUUGGUUGUUCAAAAUUCGCUCAAAUUAUCUGGCAAUCAAGAGACUGCUCCCAGCGAUGAUACAGAGGAAAGUAACCUGAAGAAAUUAUUCAAAAAGUGUAGGAAUAUAGUUGGCUAUUUUAGGCGUAGUGAAGUAGGAAACAGAAUGUUGGUUGAAAAACAAAAACAGCUUGGAUGUGAAUCAGUGUUAAAACUAAAACAAGACAUACAUACUCGGUGGAACAGUACAUAUUUGAUGAUAGAGAGGCUUAUACAACUGAAAGAACCACUAACAAUUGUAAUGAUUACCAUAACAGAAGCUCCUAGUAAUCUUAGCUCUGAUGAAUGGAACAGCAUUGAAGAUAUAAUACCGUUAUUAAGACCUUUUGAUAAAUUGACUACUGAGCUCUCUGGAGAACAAUAUCCAACACUUUCAACAAUUAUACCAUUGAUACGAGGUUUGCAAAGUUCAUUAGUUUCUAAAACUCCAAAAACGCCACUGGGAAUGUUCAUAAAAAAUAAACUAAUAGAAAAUACGAAUAGGCGUUUCGAUAGUAUUGAAAAACAAACCAUAACACCGCAUUUUUCUCGGGCUACAUUGUUGGACCCAAGGUGCAAGAAGGUUGCAUUUGGGUCAGAACAAAAUGCUAAUGAAACUGAACGAUAUUUGGUCAAUGAAACAGCUGCUUUAAUUAGUAAUGCUUCAAACACAGAACAACCUACAUAUCAAGAAAAUCUGAAUACUGAUGAUGACAAUGUGUGGAAUUUUCUUAACUCCAGAGUCACCAAUGUCCAGUCGCAGACAACUACAACAAGUAGUGCUACAUCCUUGAUGAGACAGUACCUAAGUAUGCCUCAUCAAGACUUAAAAUGCAAUUUUGCUGUAUUUUGGAACGACCACAAAACUGUAUUAUCACCACUUAGUGACAUUGCAUUGAAAUACUGUAUUAUUCCAGCAACUUCAGUGCCGGCCGAGAGGAUUUUUUCAAAAGCUGGGCAAAUAUUAAGCGCUCGGCGUAAUAGGUUAUUGCCUCAAAAUGUAGAUAAGUUAAUUUUUUUAAACAAAAAUAUGUAAGUUUUUUUAAUUUUAGGCACAAGUAAGUGACAAGGUAAUACAAAAAGGUAAUUAUUUAUUUUAGUAUAGUAAAAAUAUAAUUUAUAUUUCGAAAUUAAAAACCAAAAUAAAUUUUGUUGUAGUUUAAAAUAUUAUUUUUUUUAUUUUGCAGAUAAUAUUCAACUGGUUUGAAUAAAUACCUCUGGAAGGUCAUAUAAGGGUAUAUCCCUGGUUAUAAUUUUUAUUUAAAAAUAUGUCGAACAAGAUUUAAGUUGACAUAUAAAUUUGCAAUUUUAAGCUAAUAUAUUUAUAGCUGUGGUGAGUAUGAAAUACGGGGUGAACAAUGACAGACUGCUUGCGGCCCAUCCUGCAUACAAGUUUUUUAACUUGUAUCAAUGUCAUUAAACCUAGUACUGCACAUAUCUAUUUUAAUAAUUGUAAGUUGUAACUUAAGAAUCCCUUGAAACUUUGAA